AUGGAAGAUCUCCGGAGAGAAGCAGAGGAGCAUGCAACAAUGAUGGAGGACCAGGUGGCAGAACUAGAUGCUCGUGUAGACACAUUGGGUUCUGAGCUUCAGGACAUGGUGCAGACGCAAGAUGCACGGCUUCAAGUGGACAGUGUUGGGGAAAGAGCUCUUCGGCUGGCCCUCCGAGCACAGAGGGCUGCCAACACGCAAGACUUCUCAGAGGAUGUGCGUGAGAUGCGUGAGGAGUUGACAGAGAUGAGCGAGGAUUUGACUUCGUUGUGGCAGCGGGUCCGAAGCAGCGAGCUAGGGCUUGACUCCAUGGCCGAAGCUGUCAGCCGCAUCUGCGAGGAGUUGAGCCAUCUGAAAGCGCGAAGAGCUGGCCCUGGCUGCGUGACGCAGCCAACUGCCUCAGGCAGCCCAGCGAGCUUAGGGCGUGGAGAGGCGUCACGUGAUGGAAGCGAUUGA